UGUGCUGUCUGCUGUCCAGAAAAUAUAUAAAUUAUUUUUAUUUUUGUCUCUCAGACCAGACCCAACCCAUCUCCUACAACCAUCUGUCUCGGUGGUGUUCUUUGAUCCUCUCUCUUACAAACCUAAAAUCUCGGCAUUCGAUCUCUGGGGAGGAUCGACAAGAAAGAGAGGAUUCACGAUGACGAUCUUAUUAGCGACGCUUUUCGAAUCCACCAAGGAUAAAUGCUAUGCCCCAAGCUUCAUCGCCGUCAAUCUCUCUCUGGCUUUUAUCGAUGCCGCUCUUGCUUUCAUCGCAUUCCUUCAGUUAUCUCGAUUUCACAGGCGGAAUAAACAAGUUGGAUGGACUCGGCAAAAAGUACUUCAUCUUAUGAUUGGUUCUUCAAACACUGGUUCUGUCGUUUAUUUCGUUGCUGCGAUUAUAGCGACUUGCACGAGGUGGCAUCAUUGGUCUAACGCAUUAGGUUUUCUACUCAUGGCCUUUCCCAAAAUUCUGUUUCUGGCAACUUUUCUCCUGCUUCUCUCUUUCUGGGUAGAUGUUUGCCAUCAGGGAAAUGGAGAGGAGGAUGAUGAUGAUGAUGAAGAGAAUAGCAUCCAACAAGUUUUGCUUGAAAAAAGCAACACCAAGCCAGGUUCUUCGAAUGCAAGUGAUCGUAGAAAGUGUUGCUCUUUCCAUGGUAUUCAUGUUGGAACCCGUCAGAAGUUUGUCGUUGCGGCGGUUAUUCUUGUGUUCAUCUUAAUGAUAUCAUUUGCAAUUCUUAUCUGGAUCGCUUCCGGAAAAAAUCCUAUGAAUUCUUCAUUAUUGGCUGAGGUGUAUGUCGAUAUUUUUGCUGCAAUAAUCCUAAUCACGGGAGGAGGAAUAUGCUUCUAUGGCCUGCGUCUGCUCUUUAAUCUAAGAAAGGUGCGGUCUGAACAAGUUUCAGCAGAGAUGCGUAAGGUAUCGGGUUUAGCAGGCGUCUCAGUUGUUUGCUUCACUGUUAGCUCUUUAAUCGCUCUUCUCACACACAUUCCACUCUUCUAUCAUUGGAACCCAAGCAAAUUACACGGCAUCAAAGCAUUGGUUCUUCUGAUCAUAUACUAUUUCAUAGGUUUCACUGUACCAUUGGCUUUCGUUUUAUGGGUAUUGCGGGAGUUACCCCCUCAAAACAUUGUGAGUAGACAAGAAGAUACCAGAAGGAUUACUUAUGUCAACUAUGAAACUGUUGCAAGGCAACCUCCACAGGACUGGGCCUCCACUACAGUGUCGAAAAAUCAGGUUUCUAAAGCAAGUCCUAUAUGAACGAAAGAAUCGUUAUAAGCAUUGACCUGAAGCAAAAAUCCGCCAAUUUACUCUUCUAGUUACCGGGAAAAAGCCUCGUUGGAUUGCGGAAUGGUAGUUAGGCCGAAUGUGUUGUGUUGUGCUGGAGUGAAUGAAAGUGGUAACAAGCUCUCGUUUUCUUCUCUCUAUGUCGCCUUGGAAGACAAAAAAUUUGUUUAUAAGAUAGAAAGGGAGGUUUUAAUCUGAGAAAGCUCUGUAAAUAUUAACUUUUGAUUGCAGUUUUUAGUUUUAGGUGCAUCAUGUGUUGGAACUUGUGGAUGGGAUAUAAAAUGUGUUCUAAGGAAGAAGAUAUAAAUUUUGUCUUCCUUUCUAAACA